UGCACUGCAUGAGCAGAAGACCCUGCCAGGGAUGAAUCGUCCGAUCCAAGUGAAGCCGGCUGCCAGUGAGGGCCGAGGAGGCAAUGUGGGUGCAUGGAAAGAUCACUUGCUCUCAGCUGAUCGUCUAGGUCUACAGACAGAACGUGUUCUUCCAAAGCAUAUACAACAGAGGAGAAACGUAACCCGGGAGAACAUGCCAAAGAGCAGGUUACAGGGCUCAGAGAGGGCCCUGGAAGCUAGGCAAGGAGAUGGAAAGGGGGUAGAUCCGAGGAUUAGGAAAGGGGCUCGGGGGCUCAACAGGCACGUUGGGAAAAAUGCUCAUGUUAAAAGCUCAGAAAAGCAAACUUCCUCUGCAGUUCUUUGAUUAGGUUUGGUGCCGGGGGUAAGGAUCCACCACUCCAGAGCUAAGUGUCUCUUAAGGCUAAGACAGGGUUUGUUGGGUUUGUUUAUUUUGUUUUGUUUGUUUGACAGAGCUCUCCUUAAUUUGGGCACUGAUUUGGCCAUUGUCAUGAAGCUGACCAAUAAGGCCAUGUUCAAGCGUCCCGCCCUCCAGCAUGCUGAGUCUCCAGUAGCAUUGCCCAACUCUUAACAAGAAAGGUCCAAAUAGAACAUGAUAUGUAGAGGGCUCUGCUCCCCACCCCACCCCUGAAACUUUCAAGAUUAUAUCCCUCCCCACAAGAGCAGCAAUGAGUGUCUGUGAGCUUCUUCAGGACACAGGUGUUAUGAUGGAAAUUUCAGCUGAGUUUCGUCCCUCGAGAUCUGCCUGUAGGUCACUCUGCCCCUGAAAGAGACCCAGCUUUAGGAUUCCCAUGGCCUUCUCGUUCCCUAAAUGCCUUCCCAGAACUAGACUGGUUAACCACCUUCCCAAGCUCCUCGGGCGACUCUGGGGAAUCUAAGAACACUUAGGGUCCCCAGGUCAUUCGUGGCUUUGUCUCUAGAGGACCGGAAGCUGUUUGUGGGGAUGUUGGGCAAGCAGCAGGGUGAGGAGGAUGUCAGACGUCUGUUCCAGCCCUUCGGCCAUAUCGAGGAGUGCACUGUCCUGCGGAGUCCGGACGGUACCAGUAAAGGCUGUGCCUUUGUGAAAUUCGGAAGUCAAGGGGAAGCCCAAGCUGCCAUCCAGGGACUACACGGUAGCCGGACAAUGACGGGUGCCUCCUCCAGCCUGGUGGUUAAGCUGGCAGACACCGACCGGGAGCGCGCGCUGCGAAGGAUGCAGCAAAUGGCUGGCCAGCUGGGUGCCUUCCACCCGGCACCGCUGCCCCUCGGGGCCUGUGGCGCCUAUACCACUGCGAUCCUACAGCACCAGGCAGCGUUGCUGGCCGCAGCGCAGGGUCCGGGGUUAGGCCAGGUGGCCGCGGUGGCCGCCCAGAUGCAGCACGUGGCGGCCUUCAGCUUGGUGGCUGCACCGCUGUUGCCCGCGGCAGCCAAUACAUCCCCUGGUGGCAAUGGCCCUGGUGCACUCCCUGGCCUUCCAGCGCCCAUGGGAGUCAAUGGAUUCGGCUCCUUGACCCCCCAGAGCAACGGACAGCCAGGCUCCGACACGCUCUAUAACAACGGGGUUUCCCCUUACCCAGCGAAGAGCCCCAGUGUGGCUGACCCCCUGCAGCAGGCCUACGCUGGGAUACAUCACUAUGCAGCAGCCUAUCCCUCGGCCUAUGCCCCAGCGAGCACAGCUUUUUCCCAACAGCCUUCAGCUCUGCCUCAACAACAAAGAGAAGGCCCCGAAGGCUGUAACCUCUUCAUCUAUCACCUGCCUCAGGAGUUUGGGGAUGCAGAACUCAUACAGACAUUCCUGCCCUUCGGAGCUGUUGUCUCUGCCAAAGUUUUUGUGGACCGUGCCACCAAUCAGAGCAAGUGUUUUGGGUUUGUUAGUUUUGACAAUCCAACCAGUGCCCAGACCGCCAUCCAGGCCAUGAAUGGCUUUCAAAUCGGCAUGAAGAGGCUCAAGGUCCAGCUAAAGAGACCUAAGGAUGCCAACAGGCCUUACUGAUCUGAGCUCACUGACCAGUCACAGACAGAAACUGAAGAAUGAAGAAAGGAAACAGAAAAGCACAGAAAUGCUGGAGAGGCCCUUCCGGAAGGAGUGGCAGCAGACGGAGGUGGAUCGGACCCAGGGCUGGCGCCUGGGGCUCAGGCCACUCAUCAUGUGGGUUGUUCCAUGGAGUGAUCAGGCUGGCAGGGCAACCAGUGCUGGCUGAGGACCGACAGCUCUAAAGGAACCAGCAGAGGGCCUCGGGGGUGCCAAGGGCUUCUCAGCAAGGGAAGCCCAGACUUACUUUGUUCAAAAUCAUAUCAUUCCUUAGUGUUUAGGGACCAAAGGACUAUUGCUUUUUUAAGAAUAUAUAUAUAUAUAAAUUAAAACAAAGAAAAAAAAACAGGAGACAAAAAAAAGACAGUAUAGAGUCUCAUAAAAGCUGCCUUUAAAUAUCCCCAGGAGACAGGGUGAAGGAGACCCUUGAUAGCCCAGCCUAGGCAGAGGAGGCUGUGGAAAGAUUGGCCUGUGUCUCACUCCUUCUUAAGCGAUUCCCUUACCCCACCCUUUAAGAAUAUGAUAAAGGAUGUGAAGUCCAGGCUCAUAGUCAAGCAACAAGAGGGUUGUGGAAGCAGUGAACCCGCAGUUCCCAAAUGCAGAUAGUAUCCCAGGAGAGCCUCAGGAGAAGCUCAGGCCUGCUCUGGUCUUUGCUACCUUAGGAGGCCCCCGGCCAUCGGAAAUGGGAACCUGCCUUUCCUUCCUGACCCCCUUUCCUGUGGAGCCACAGCCUCCCCAGGUAGGAAGAGAGAGAGAGAGAGAGAGAGAGAGAGAGAGAGAGAGAGAGAGAGAGAGAGAGAGAGAGAGAGAACCUUUACCUUCCCAGUCCAGGUAGACCAAGGCUUCGCCUUUGGCUGAGCUGAGACACCUCCUGUUUCCCCUCCCCUUUCGACUACCCCAGUGUCCCCUUGCUCCAGGCCACCUUCUGUCUCUUAGUCUAAGUUUGCCCACUUGUAAAGUAGACUCAAGGUAUAUGUAGAGGGCUGUGACAACAGACGUGGAAGGCUUGCUGCUGUAAAUACUGCCACUGAGAAGGGGAUCAUUUUCACUAUGUAGAAGCUUCAGAAUUAGAGGUCCCCCUUUACCCAGGACCUGGGAGGGAAGUAGAUGUUUUGCCAAAAUACUAAUUCAUUCCUUUAAAAAGUCCAUCUUUCCUAUGCAAGCGUGUCUCACAUGUGCUUACCCAAGGUGCUUUUAGAUGGUGAGCAGUGUUCAGCUUAGAAGUGGUGUGUGCUCUGUCUGUCUGUCCUUGUCUGUAUGUUGUGUACAGUGGGUGCCAUAUAAAGCUGGUCAAUGGUGGUGCUUCCUGCCUGCUUCUGUGAGAUGGGCAAAUGAGUCAGCUUAGCACACCACAACUCACCUUGCCUCCGUCAGCCUUUCCUAGGCCUGUGGGACCUUGAAUACCUUUUUUCCCUGUGUGAAUAAUUUAUAUUCCCAUCCUGAAGUCAUGGAUCUACCUAGUGUGAGGCCCCACAGAGUGGGAGAUACUCUGGUCUGACACUGGAGACCUGUCAUCUGAUAUCACUGGGACAGUGAAAGAUGUGGGUGGGAGAAAGGCUCUGGGAUAAUUCCUUCCAGGCCCUCCCUAAGAAAAUGUGUUCUUGCCUGUCCCUUGUCUUUAACUAGUUUUUGGAAGUAACGAGAGUGAAAACUAGAUUUGUCAGUAACAUUACCGGGCACAUUGUGGUUUAUAUCCACAAAUAAUUGCCAGCUGGGAGAGGAACUGGUGUUGAGGCAUAGACAUACCAGCUUGUGCUAACCCACAGAUGGAGUACCUCAGGUACAGGUGGAGAUGUGCAACAUCUGCCCACUCAAACAGAUAUUCAUGGGCCUAGAGACAUGCUCAGUCAGUAUGUGUUUACCUUGUAAGCACAAGGACCCUGAGCUCAGUUCCUCAGAAACAAAACCAAACAAACAAAGAAACAAAACAGAAAAACCCACAGAACAAAAACAACAAAACAAAACAAAAACCAGGCACUGGCCUGCCAUUUCAACCUAAUUGGUGAGAUGAGUUUGAGGACAAUAAGAGAUCCUAUCUCAAAAAUAGCUAGGUGAUGGUGCCUGAGGAAUGACAGCUGCAAUUGUAUUCUGGCCUCAGCAUGUAUGCUCACAUACACUGGCACAAACAGAAACAAACCUCAGGGACUCAGGUAACUACCAAGUACCAGGAGUUAAGGGAAAUGGAUAGACGCAUAUGGUCUAUACCAGCAAGAAAACUACUAACUCAGGCUCAAAUGUUGGGAACGAUCCAUGAAAGUCUACCUGAAGAUUAAGGAGAAGAAUCACCAAGGGUGACCAGGGAUAUUCAAAGUCUUUGAGCAACUACAUCAUUUUGAAAAAGUAUGGCCAAGAAAUAAUCACGUAUUUCAGAUUUUAUUAUGUUAUAGAUAAGUCAAGACUCUCAUACUAUUCCUAAAUCUACUCUGAACCUUAAAUCAGAUCCAUGUCAGGGCCUUUGAAAUAAGCAAACUUCAUGCUUGUAGGGUGUGAGUGAAGGCCUGGCAGACACUAGAUCCCCAAGCUUCGGGGUUUGGUGUGAUCUAAAGCAAGGGUUGGCCAACUAUGGUCUGUCAGCCACACCUGGCCUGUGACAUGUUUUUAUACGACCUACAAAUUAAGAAUGAUUUUUUUAAGAAUAAUUUUUUAAAAAAAUUUCAAGGAUUUUGAUAUUUUAAACUGUAUGUGCACCUGUCUCUGUGGGGAAGUGCCCAUGAGGGCAGGUGCCCACAGAGGUCAGAAGAGGGCAUUGGAUUUCCUGGAACUAGAGGUACAGGUGUUUGUCAGCUGCCAGAUGAGGGUGCUGCAAACUGAACUUGGCACUCUGCAAGAGCAGUGCACUUCUUAACCACUGAGCCCUAUCUCCAGUCUAGGGUUUUUUUGUUUGUUUGUUUGUUUGUUUUUGGUUUUUUGUUUUAAAAUUAUGUCAAAACAAAAUGUCGACACAAAGCUCUAUGUGGUUUACAAAGCUUGAAACAUUUAUCUGGUCCCUUACACGAGUUUCCUGAUCCUUGGUAAAGUAAUGGAAGAUUUGUAGAAUGUCUGA